AAUCACUCACAAGCGGACAUAAAAUUAUUCUAAAGAGCAACAGACUUAGCCAUGGUCACACCAUCCAAAAAUGAAUCAAAUCCACCAGACUGCAGGUUAAGAAAAUAUACGUUACUACUGGCAUGUUUUCUUCUGACAUCAACCUGGCUGGCUUUAUGGAGAUUCCUGGAGAGUGGUCGGCAAUUGCAACCCACCAUUCCUAAACCUAAACCUGUUAAAGGAAAACAGAUUAAAACAAAUUUCUCAUCUGAAAUUUCCUUUCAUGAAAUGGGAAUCAGUGAAGAGGAGUGGGAUAGGCUACAGAAGGCUCUGGACUGGCCCAGUCCAGAUCAGGAAAUCACUCGGCUGGAUCAGAGCACAAGCCCAGUCCACUCAACAUUCUCUAUUGUGGGACUCAAGGAGAGUUACAAAGUGGGAGAAAAGAUCUCUGUUACCAUCACAGCCAGAGACCACAACAAGAACCUGAAAAGAUAUGGAGGAGAUUUUUUCCAAGCAAAACUAUUCAAUUCAAAGCUAAAGGCGAGUGUGUACGGAGAGGUUGUGGAUCACUGUAAUGGGACUUACUCUGUUGCUCUUCUUCUGCCUUGGGAAGGUCAGGCACAAGUUUAUGUGCGUCUAGAGCACUCCAGUGAGGUUGUGCAGAUUCUUAAAAAAUACAGAGAGUCUUCAUUCCCACGCAGCCAUUAUAAUGGCAUCUUUGAAGGGUCAGGACCCAAUAAAACCAGGAUCAGUGAAGCAGUACAAUGUAAUCUUAAAUGGGGUGCAGCUGGAAGUUGGAUUAAAGGCGACUGCUGCUGUGAGUAUAAGGAUAUGAAAACAGGGACGGUGUGGCAGUGUGAGAUACCAAAGAAACUUUCUUGUGACAAACUGGUUUAUCACGCAAGAGGUGGUUUUGAAAGCCCAUUAAAUCCUUUUGAGAAUCAAAUUUUCACAACGAAAUUAACAAAUGUUGCUAUUACUGGAGACACACAAAUCAUAAAUGUCCUUCCCAACACUACUGGCAUCGGCACAAUGGAGAGAUGCAGAUCUGGCAUGACGACACCAGUUCCUGCAGGGUUUUAUCUGAAAGAUGUCUGGAAGUCUUUUGUGUGCAACACCCAACCAUUCAGUUCUCCACAAAUGGGAAAUUGUCUUAAAAACAAGAUUGUCUACUUGAUGGGAGACUCCACCACAAGGCAGUGGUUUGAGUAUUUAGAACGAAAUGUGCCAGACCUCAAAAGAAUGGACCUCCACACUCCUCGUACUGGUGGACCCCUGAUGGCUGUAGAGUUAAAAAAUAAUAUCAUUGUUCACUGGGGGCCACACGGUGUUCCUUUGCGAUUUAUUAAAAUGCUCAUUACUGACUUGCAUUAUAUCAGCAAUGAUAUUGAUGAAAUAGCUGGUGGUCCUCAUGCAGUCGUUGUCUUUACAAUAUUUGCCCACUUGGUUUGUCAUCCAUUAACAUUUUAUGUGCAUGAAGUGGCCAAAAUCCGUCAAUCUGUUGUUGCACUGCUGAGUCGUGCACCAGAGACUACCGUCAUCAUCAAGUCUGGAAACACUGCAGGAUUAAAGAAUAUUUUUCAAAGUGAUUGGUAUACAAUGCAGCUGAAUACAGUGAUGCAUGAGAUGUUCCGAGAUAUCAAUGGAGUAAUCUACUUCGAUGUCUGGCAGAUGACAUCCUGUCACUAUCUACGUGAAAAUAUUCAUCCAGGUCCUGUUAUCAUUGCUAAUGAAAUCAACAUGUUGCUCUCAUAUAUCUGCCCUGCCUGACACAAUAGAAUAAUAUUUACCUUACUUUGUUAUACCAAGGAAUGCAUGUACCUAAAAAAAUGAGCAUCUGUGAAAAAAUACUUCUUGUAUACAUAUUGUUAAAACUACCUGCUUAAUGUAAGCCUGUAUAAUCUCAAAAUUAACUAAAUUAAAUUCCUUAUUUAUUUUUAACCACACCUUUUGGUUCCAAAAACUGAGGUAACUUUGAGGGUAUGUAAAUAGCCAAAGCAACUUAUUCUCUGAACAUAACUGCUCCGGUGUUCUGCCAAUUUUUGCUGCCUUGUCGAAAAAUGCUACCAUAGCGCGAAUUGAUCACAGAAUGCUGAUUAAAGUCGUAUGAA